GGGCGAUGGCGGCGCCCGCAGCGCUGCUGGUCAUGGGCGUGAGCGGCUCGGGGAAGUCGACCGUGGGCGCCCUGCUGGCAUCUGAGCUAGGAUGGAAAUUCUAUGAUGCAGAUGAUUAUCACCCAGAGGAAAAUCGAAUGAAGAUGAGACAAGGGAUUCCACUGAAUGACCAGGACAGGAUUCCAUGGCUUUGCAGCUUGCACGACAUUUUACUAAGAGACGGCGCCUCAGGACAGCGUGUCGUUCUAGCCUGCUCAGCUCUGAAGAAAGCGUACAGAGACAUCCUGCUCCGAGGCAAGGGCGACGCGCCUCCGAAGUGUGAUGAGCCGGGGAAGGAAGGAAAGCUGGCUGAGGUGACGCUCCUUGUGGUCUAUCUGAGUGGGUCAUUUGAGGUCAUCUCUGGACGCUUACGCAAAAGAAAAGGACAUUUUAUGCCCCCUGAGUUAUUGCAGUCCCAGUUUGAUACUCUGGAACCCCCAUCAGCUCCAGAAAAUUUCAUCCAAGUCAGUGUGGACAGAGGUCUUUCAGAGAUCAUUGCUGUAAUCAUGGAAGCUCUACAAUGAAAUGCAGGUCGUUUAUAUCAGUGGUCCAGAGUAAACUGGCACUAUUCUCUCCCAGACCAUGUUCCAGCAUCUUGUUGGUCCUGUAUCCUAAACUCUAAUGAAGGUGAACAAACCAUGA